AUGAAAACUAAAGAUUUAGAAAGAGAAACACGGGAUAUAAAAACCGAAGAUAUAAAAACUGAAGAUAUGAAAACUGAAGAAGAUAUAAAAACAGGAGUUAUAAAAACCACAGAAGAUAUAAAAGCAGAAGAUAUAAAAAUAGAAACCGAAGAUAUAACAACGGAAGAAGAUAUAAAAACUGAUGAUAUAAAAACAGAAGACAUAAAAACCGAAACCGAAAAUAUAAAAACAGAAGAUAUAAAGACUGAAGGUAUAAAAACAGAAACCGAAGAUAUAAAAACUGAAGUAGAUAUAAAAACGGAAACAGAAGAUUUAAAAACGGAAACAGAAGAUAUAAAAACUGAAGAUAUAAAAACUAAAGAAGAUAUAAAAGCAGAAGAUACAAAAAUGGAAACAAAAGAUAUAACAACGGAAGAAGAUAUAAAAACCAAAGACAUAAAAACCGAAGCUGAAGAAGACAUAAAAACUGAAGAUUUAAAAACAGAAACUGUUGGAGGGAUAGAAACAGAAACAGUAGGAGAUAUAAAAACAGAAACACAAGAUAUAAAAACUGCAGAAGAUAAUAAAACUGAAGAUAUAAAAUCCGAAGAAUUAAAUGCAGAAACUGGAGAUAUAAAAACCGAAUCAGAAGAUAUGAAAACUGCAGUAGAUAUAAAAACUGCAGAAGCAGAUAUAAAAACUGCAGAAGAUAUAACAACUGAAGAUUUAAAUACAAAAACAGAAGAUAUACACACUAAAGAAGAUAUAAAAACCGAAGAAGAUAUAAAAGCAGACGAUAUAAAAACAGAAACAGAGGAUAUAACAACCGAAGAAGAUAUAAAAACUGAAGACAUAAAAACAGAAACUGAAGAUAUGAAAACUGAAGAAGAUAUAAAAACAGGAGAUAUAAAAACCACAGAAGAUAUAAAAGCAGAAGAUAUAAAAAUAGAAACCGAAGAUAUAACAACGGAAGAAGAUAUAAAAACAGAUGAUAUAAAAACAGAAGACAUAAAAACCGAAACCGAAAAUAUAAAAACAGAAGAUAUAAAGACUGAAGGUAUAAAAACAGAAACCGAAGAUAUAAAAACUGAAGUAGAUAUAAAAACGGAAACAGAAGAUUUAAAAACGGAAACAGAAGAUAUAAAAACGGAAACAGAAGAUAUAAAAACUAAAGAAGAUAUAAAAGCAGAAGAUACAAAAAUAGAAACAAAAGAUAUAACAACGGAAGAAGAUAUAAAAACCAAAAACAUAAAAACUGAAGCUGAAGAAGACAUAAAAACUGAAGAUUUAAAAACAGAAACUGAUGGAGACACAGAAAAUACAGAAGUUAAAUGUAUAGAUACAGAAAUUACAGAACUUAAAUAUAUAGACACAGAAAACACAGAAGUUAAAUACAUAGAUAGAGAAUACACAGAAGUUAAAUAUAUAGAAACAGAAAAUACAGAAGUAAAAUGUGUAGAUACAGAAAAUACAGAAGUUAAAUGUAUAGACACAGAAAAUACAGAAAAAGAUCUAGAAACAGAAUAUAAAGAAGUAAAAGACGUAGAAACAGAAUGUCAAGAAGUAAAAGAUGUAGAAACAGAAUAUAAAGAAAGAAAAUAUAAAGAAGUAAAAGAUGUAGAAACACAAUAUAAAGAAGUCAACGAUGUAGAAACAGAAUAUAAAGAAGUAAAAAAUGUAGAAACCGAAUAUAAAGAAGUAAAAGAUGUAGAAACCGAGUAUAAAGAAGUAAAAGAUAUAGAAACCGAAUGUCAAGAAGUAAAAGAUGUAGAAACGGAGCAUCAAGAAGUAAAAGAUGUAGAUACAGAAUAUAAAGAAGUAAAAGAUGUAGAAAUAGAAUAUAAAGAAGUAAAUGAUGUAGAAACAGAAUGUCAAGAAGUAAAAGAUGUAGAAACAGAAUAUAAAGAAGUACAAGAUGUAGAUACAGAAUAUAAAGAAGUAAAGGAUAUAGAAACCGAAUAUAAAGAAGUAAAAGAUAUAGAAACAGAGUAUAAAGAGGUAAACGAUUUAGAAACAGAAUGUCAAGAAGUAGAUGACACAGUAACAGAAUAUAAAGAAGUAAAAGAUGUAGAAACAGAAUGCCAAGAAGUAGAUGACAUAGAAACAGAAUAUAAAGAAGUAAAAGAUGUAGAGACGGAAUAUAAAGAAUUAAAAGAUGUAGAAAUAGAAUAUAAAGAAGUAAAAGAUUAUAAAGAAGUAAAAUGUAAAGAAACAGAAGAUAACAACAGAGAAACGGAAAAUGAAGAAACACAAAUAAAAGAACUCCGAGAAAAGGAGAUUACAAUUACAGAAGAAAGAGAAACAGGAGAAAAAGAGAUUACGGUUACAGAAGAAAGAGAUGUGAUGGAAAUAAAAUCACAAACCCAAGAAAGGGAAGACAGUGGGAUGGAUAAGAGGGAUACAGAAGAAACGGAAAUAGUAAUGGAAUUAAAAGAAGUUGAAAGAAGUCUUGAGCUUGUGAACAUGGAUGCUCUUGAGGCUCAUUGA